AUGGGUGAAAAAAGAGAAUCUAAGAGGCAGAAAAUGAGAGCCACAGACUUUGAACUAUGGAAAGCGAAGAUUAAAGCAGUCUUAGGGCAGCUGAAGGCUCUCUUGGCCAUUACGGACCCUGCAAAGUACCCUGAAACACUCUCUGAGGCAGACAAAGAAACAAUUGAGACUGUAGAUCAGCCUACUGCUUAUGCCCUGUGGAACAAAUUGAAUGAGAUAUAUCUCAACAAAGACCUGCCCAACAAAGCUUUCUUGAGGGAAAGAUUCUUCACCUAUAAGAUGCAUGCAGCAAAGUCCCUCACGGAUAAUCUGAAUGAGUUAAAGAGACUGUCUUAUGAAUUCAGAUCAAUCAGAGAUAAUAUUGGGGAAGAGAAUGAGGCGUUCAUAUUACUAAAUUCUCUACUAGAAUCUUUCAAAGAUGUCAAGACUGCCAUGAAAUAUGGUAGAGAAAGAAUAACCACAGAAGCAAUCAUAUCAGCUGUGAAAGUCAGAGAACUUGAGUUGCAAAUGAGUAAGAAGGAUCAACAAGGAGGUGAUUGCUUGUUCUCAAAGGGGAAGAACAAGAACAACGGGAAGGGGAAACAAAACAAUGGUGAUAGUCCAAGAUAA